GAUAUCUGUGCUUUCCCCAACCAAUUCUCUCCCCUGUAUAUUUCAGCUGGAAGGGAACGGAACGGCGAGAGCCCAAUUCCCUUCCCUAUUUUCCAACGGCUCCUAACCGCUUCCGAUUCCUUCCCUUCUUCAUCCUGUUCCCGACCUACACUGCCGCUGGGAAAGAAAGCCGAGUCCUUUUCACACGUAUCCCGCCGGCAAUGGCCGACGGCAUAGCCUUUAGCGGGUGCGGCGACGAGCGGGAAUCCCUUUUGCCGCGCAAGAGCUCGUAUCAGCGUUCCUUCUCGCAUGCCGCUGACGAGCUGAAGAGCUUCCGUUCUUGUCUCCGUUGGCUCUGCAUCGACCACUCAGAUUCCUUCCACGCUGCCAUAUCCUGGUUCGUCUUUUUCAUCUUCAGCUUCGCCGUCCCCCUCGCAUCCCAUUUCAUAAUGUCGUACUCCCCCUCUCGCCGCGCCUACGACUCCGUCGUCCAGCUAGCUCUAUCCGGCUCUGCCGCCCUCUCAUACCUCAGCCUAUCCACCUUUGUCCGCCGCCACGGCCUCCGUCGCUUCCUCUUUCUCGAUAAGCUCCGCCUCGAGAGCGAACGCGUUCGCCUCGGCUACACCAAUCAGCUCAACCGCUCCUUCCGCAUCCUCUCGGUCUUCGUCCUCCCCUGUUUCGCAGGCGAGGUCGUCUACAAGCUUGCGUGGUACCUCUCGGGAGAAGAGCGCGUGCCCCCCGGCCUCUUCUUCAUGGGAAAUGCCGUCCUCGCCGAGUCUGUCUUCGCCUUCCUCGAGCUCGCGUCGUGGAUCUACAGAACCGCCAUCUUCUUCGUCGUCUGCGUGCUAUUUCGCCUGAUGUGCUAUUUGCAGAUCCUAAGGCUCGAGGACUUUGCUGGGGCUUUUAGCGACGGUGCUAACGUCGCCUGUAUCCUCCGCGCCCACUUGCGCAUCCGCCGCGAGCUUCGGAUCAUAAGUCAUCGUUACAGGAUUUUUAACGUAUAUUGCGUGGUCAUCGUCACAGUUAGUCAGUUCGUUACUCUCCUCGUCACCACCCGACCCAGCGCCGUCGUCAAUUUCUUCAACGCCGGAGAGAUCGCCCUAUGCUCAAUUGGGCUCGUGACCGGGCUGCUGAUGUGCCUGCGAAGUGCUGCGAAGAUCACACACAAGGCUCAAGCAAUAACAAGCCUCGCAGCGACCUGGCACGUAUCAGCUACCAUUGAUUCUUAUGGGGAGGAUUCAGAGGUCCCAUCUCCUGAAACCUCCGUCUUUGUUAAUGAAGCUGGAGAAGAGGAAUCUGAACACCAGGAUUCUGAUGAAGAUGAUGAGCUCGAAGACGCAAAGCUUGUUUCCUCAAAUAUUCACACAUUUUCUUUCCAGAAGAGACAAUCCCUAGUGACCUACAUGGAAAACAACAGGGCUGGCAUCACAUUGUUUGGGUUCGUGGUCGAUCGAACUUGGCUUCAUGCUUUGUUUAUGAUUGAGUUCUCUCUUGUCAUGUGGUUGUUGGGCAAAACUGUUGGGAUUUCUUAGGCAUUAGGCAUGCUUGAAGUUGUGCUUACAAUUUUCUCAUCCAUUUUUUAUUUGCUUGUUUUACCAUACUUUCCCAUCACCAUGUAAGAAGCAAAGUUGAUUUAGGUUUCGUUUGGGGCAGUUUUUUAGCUGCUUUUUAAAGUAGUUUUGCAGUUAAAAAUUUUCUUGAAAGCAGCAAAAAAGCAGUGGCCAAAAGCUGUCACAAACGAAGCCUUAGUUGUAAUAAUUGAAUACGGAGUUAGGAGUGUGAACGAGCAUUGCUCGAGUCAUCCUUAGCUUAAGUUUGAAUUUGAUUACUUAAUUGAGUUUGAGCUCAAAUUUAAUUGUAUGAGUUCAAGUUGAUAAAUAUAUGAAAAUCUGAAAUUUUCUUU